AUGGGGGGGGGGGGGGGGGGGGGGGGGGGGGGGGGGGGGGGGGGGGGGGGGGGGGGGGGGGGGGGGGGGGGGGGGGGGGGGGGGGGGGGGGGGGGGGGGGGGGGGGGGGGGGGGGGGGGGGGGGGGGGGGGGGGGGGGGGGGGGGGGGGGGGGGGGGGGGGGGGGGGGGGGGGGGGGGGGGGGGGGGGGGGGGGGGGGGGGGGGGGGGGGGGGGGGGGGGGGGGGGGGGGGGGGGGGGGGGGGGGGGGGGGGGGGGGGGGGGGGGGGGGGGGGGGGGGGGGGGGGGGGGGGGGGGGGGGGGGGGGGGGGGGGGGGGGGGGGGGGGGGGGGGGGGGGGGGGGGGGGGGGGGGGGGGGGGGGGGGGGGGGGGGGGGGGGGGGGGGGGGGGGGGGGGGGGGGGGGGGGGGGGGGGGGGGGGGGGGGGGGGGGGGGGGGGGGGGGGGGGGGGGGGGGGGGGGGGGGGGGGGGGGGGGGGGGGGGGGGGGGGGGGGGGGGGGGGGGGGGGGGGGGGGGGGGGGGGGGGGGGGGGGGGGGGGGGGGGGGGGGGGGGGGGGGGGGGGGGGGGGGGGGGGGGGGGGGGGGGGGGGGGGGGGGGGGGGGGGGGGGGGGGGGGGGGGGGGGGGGGGGGGGGGGGGGGGGGGGGGGGGGGGGGGGGGGGGGGGGGGGGGGGGGGGGGGGGGGGGGGGGGGGGGGGGGGGGGGGGGGGGGGGGGGGGGGGGGGGGGGGGGGGGGGGGGGGGGGGGGGGGGGGGGGGGGGGGGGGGGGGGGGGGGGGGGGGGGGGGGGGGGGGGGGGGGGGGGGGGGGGGGGGGGGGGGGGGGGGGGGGGGGGGGGGGGGGGGGGGGGGGGGGGGGGGGGGGGGGGGGGGGGGGGGGGGGGGGGGGGGGGGGGGGGGGGGGGGGGGGGGGGGGGGGGGGGGGGGGGGGGGGGGGGGGGGGGGGGGGGGGGGGGGGGGGGGGGGGGGGGGGGGGGGGGGGGGGGGGGGGGGGGGGGGGGGGGGGGGGGGGGGGGGGGGGGGGGGGGGGGGGGGGGGGGGGGGGGGGGGGGGGGGGGGGGGGGGGGGGGGGGGGGGGGGGGGGGGGGGGGGGGGGGGGGGGGGGGGGGGGGGGGGGGGGGGGGGGGGGGGGGGGGGGGGGGGGGGGGGGGGGGGGGGGGGGGGGGGGGGGGGGGGGGGGGGGGGGGGGGGGGGGGGGGGGGGGGGGGGGGGGGGGGGGGGGGGGGGGGGGGGGGGGGGGGGGGGGGGGGGGGGGGGGGGGGGGGGGGGGGGGGGGGGGGGGGGGGGGGGGGGGGGGGGGGGGGGGGGGGGGGGGGGGGGGGGGGGGGGGGGGGGGGGGGGGGGGGGGGGGGGGGGGGGGGGGGGGGGGGGGGGGGGGGGGGGGGGGGGGGGGGGGGGGGGGGGGGGGGGGGGGGGGGGGGGGGGGGGGGGGGGGGGGGGGGGGGGGGGGGGGGGGGGGGGGGGGGGGGGGGGGGGGGGGGGGGGGGGGGGGGGGGGGGGGGGGGGGGGGGGGGGGGGGGGGGGGGGGGGGGGGGGGGGGGGGGGGGGGGGGGGGGGGGGGGGGGGGGGGGGGGGGGGGGGGGGGGGGGGGGGGGGGGGGGGGGGGGGGGGGGGGGGGGGGGGGGGGGGGGGGGGGGGGGGGGGGGGGGGGGGGGGGGGGGGGGGGGGGGGGGGGGGGGGGGGGGGGGGGGGGGGGGGGGGGGGGGGGGGGGGGGGGGGGGGGGGGGGGGGGGGGGGGGGGGGGGGGGGGGGGGGGGGGGGGGGGGGGGGGGGGGGGGGGGGGGGGGGGGGGGGGGGGGGGGGGGGGGGGGGGGGGGGGGGGGGGGGGGGGGGGGGGGGGGGGGGGGGGGGGGGGGGGGGGGGGGGGGGGGGGGGGGGGGGGGGGGGGGGGGGGGGGGGGGGGGGGGGGGGGGGGGGGGGGGGGGGGGGGGGGGGGGGGGGGGGGGGGGGGGGGGGGGGGGGGGGGGGGGGGGGGGGGGGGGGGGGGGGGGGGGGGGGGGGGGGGGGGGGGGGGGGGGGGGGGGGGGGGGGGGGGGGGGGGGGGGGGGGGGGGGGGGGGGGGGGGGGGGGGGGGGGGGGGGGGGGGGGGGGGGGGGGGGGGGGGGGGGGGGGGGGGGGGGGGGGGGGGGGGGGGGGGGGGGGGGGGGGGGGGGGGGGUGUGUGUGCGUGAUGGGGUGGUGUGGCAGCUGGCCUCGCUGA